AUGUCUUCGUCGGACGGUUUUCUCACAUCGUUACAAUCAAUACAACAAAAUUUAUUUCGAAUCGGUGGUCCAAUAUUAUUGGUAUUUGGUAUUAUCAGUUGUGUCAUCAAUCUCAUUGUUUUCACUCAGAAGAAUCUACGUAAAAGUCCAUGUUCCAUCUAUUUGAUAGCUGUGAAUAUCGCUAAUUUAUUAUACAUUACUUUCGCAGUAUUAUUCAUUACAUUAGAAGUUGGCUAUGGAAUCGAUCUAGCUACAUCUAAUCUGUUUAUGUGCCGUUUCUAUUAUUACAUAUCCUAUUUAAUUGAUAUUCUCAGUGCCUUUUAUCUUAUUUUAGCUUCAAUCGAUCGAGUUUUAGUCACAUCAUCAAAUGCUCGAACACGACAAAGAAGCACUCGUCGCUUAGCUUAUAUUUGUGUCGGUUGUGGAACAUUAUUUUGGAUGUUGUUUACUAGUCAUGCAUUAUUCCUAACGGAUAUCGAAGAAAUAGCACCUGGUUAUUUUUCGUGUUAUUAUCGAGCGGGUCCAUACGUCAUUUUCAUGGGUUAUUAUUUAUUGUUCGUCAAAGCAAUUGCAGUGCCUUUGUUGAUGAUUAUUUUUGGUAUAUGGACUGCAAAAAAUAUUCGAAAAGUACGUCAGCGACGUAUUGCUCCUGUAGCAACGAACACUAGAAAUACAGCAGGGGACUCCGAACAACUCUUUCAUUCUAAAGAUCGACAGUUUGUUCUGAUGGUAGUUGUGGAUAUUUGUAUCUACAUAGUAUGUAAUGCAAUGGUGGUAGUUGUUGUUAUAUAUUACCAGAUCGCACAGAAUACCGGUUUAACACAAAUCAACAGCUUUCUGAAUUUGGUAGGAGCUUUUCUUUCUCAAAUUUCAUUUUGUACUGGUUGUUAUGCAUAUUUAUAUGUGUUGAAAACAUUUCGAAAAGAAGUGAAACGCUUAUUUUUUUGUCAAUAA